AUUUAGCAACCGGCGCGCGGUACGGAGGAAGUGGCUUGUGUUCGCUCGUAUCUUCCUGUAAAGUGCUCUUUGUGUCAACAUGGCCUCAGAUGACAUCGCUCAGCUGGCUGAUGUUCUCUCGAAGACCCAUGUCGGGGAUCGAGAGUUGAGCUACAAAGGCCUGGGACUAAAGCUUGACAACGCAGAAUCAGUGGAGGAUCUGGUCCGGGAGAUCGAGCAGUACCAGGGUCUGAGAGCUUUGCGUCUUGAAGGAAACACUGUGGGAGUGGAGGCAGCCCAAGCCAUUGCUAAAGCUCUGGAGAACAAAGACCUGCUCCAGAGAUGCUACUGGAGUGACAUGUUCACCGGCAGGCUGCGCUCUGAAAUCCCAACAGCCCUGAGGUCCCUGGGCGGUGCUUUGAUGAGUGCUGGAGCCAGGCUGACAGAGUUGGACCUGAGUGAUAAUGCUUUCGGGCCAGAUGGUGUUAAGGGGAUUGAGCAGCUGCUGAAGAGCCCUUCCUGCCACACCUUGAGGGAGCUACGGCUCAACAAUUGCGGCAUGGGGAUCGGCGGAGGAAAGAUUCUGGCUGAAGCUCUGAUGGAGUGUCACAGACAGUCAUCAGCCCUUGGAGCUCCAUUUAAAUUGAGAGUGUUCGUCGCAGGGAGGAACCGCCUGGAAAACGAGGGAGCUAGUGCACUGGCGAAGGCUUUUCAGUUGAUGGGCAGCCUGGAGGAGGUUCACAUGCCUCAGAAUGGAAUAAACUACGCGGGUGUGAUGGCGUUGGCUUCAGCCAUGCGACAAAACCCAGAGCUUCGAGUGCUCAACUUCAAUGACAACACCUUCACCAAGAAGGGAACACUGGCCAUGGCUCAGGCUUUAAGGCACCUCAGGAACGUCCAGGUGAUCAACUUUGGCGACUGUCUGGUCCGCUCUGAGGGAGCCAUUGCCCUUGCUGCAGUUCUGAGAGAUGGACUACCAAUCCUCAAGGAGCUCAGUCUGUCAUUUGGUGAGAUCACUGAGGUAGCAGCUCUGGUGGUGGCUCAGGCUGUCAUGGAAAAGCCUUACAUGGAGAAAGUGGAUCUGAACGGUAAUUGUCUGGGAGAGGAGGGCUGUGAGGCUUUGAGAGAAGCUAUGGAGAACAUGGACAAAGGAGACAUGCUGGCAUCACUCAGUGAUGAUGAGGGAGAACCAGAUGACGAGGACGAAGAUGAGGAAGAUGAUGAUGAGGAUGAAAACAAUAAUGAUGAUGCUGACGAUUGUAAUGAGGAGGAUGAGGAGUAUGGUGAAAUUGUGAAGGAGAAUGGAAUAUUGAGAAAAGAAGACAGUCCUGUGAAACCUCAGAGUCCGGCAGAAGUCAUGUCCUUCCUUAACUGCCCUUCUGCAGAAAAGCUCCUUCAGCUGGGAGAUAUGAGGACAAGCAUUCACCAACAGUUCGAUGCAUCUGAGCCACAGAAGGCGGCUGAUGUCCUUUUGAAAAUUAGCUCCUUGUACAAUGAGGAUCUAGAAACAAAGGCAGCUGUUCUAGAAACUGUUGAUGCAGUGCUGAAGAAGCUGCUCUCUGGUUCUGCCCUCCAGUCCUACUGUUUCCUCUCCACACUGAUGGUCAUGAUGGGACUUCUCAAGGGUGAGGGGAAAAUGAAAAAAGUGUUGCUGGUCCCGGGUCAGCUGUUAUGUUUGGAACAUGCCGUCCAGCAGGAAUACUUCCCUCAGCAUCACGCUUCACUGCUUCACAUCUUCCUGUCCAAGAACAGCGAAGCUCUGAAGUCAUGCAGCAGUGCCAGAGAGCGGCUGAGCUCUGCUCUGGAGAAGAAGUGCCACAACUAACACUGAUCCAGCCAGCCAGUGCCAGUACUUACACAGGGACACACUGUACUGACAUUCAUGUUUUUUCACCAUCAGAACCAACAGGGAUGCUUUACACUUGAACAAAGGACAAGUACAACCGCUGCUGUCCACUCCUGAUUUGUAUAGUUUAUGAAGGCAAGACUGUCCAGAAUGUCUUAAUUAUUUUUCUACUUUUGCUUGUGACUUAUAUUUUUAUAGAAAAUAGAUACAAAAAACAAAAAUAUAGAACUGCACAUCAUCUAGCCGUGGGUAUAAUGUGUAACAAAAAAAAACUGACUGUAAUCUGAAGUGAAGCUAACAUUUAGGCACUGUCCAUCUGGCACCUUUUGAAACAUAUCUGUUGCUUAGAUAGGUUUAUCUUCAAAAUUCACUGUUAAACAAUGACAAAAUAGUACAUCUGUUUAUGGAGAUUAUGCCCAGGUCUUGAUAAAUUUGGAAAUGGUACAAUAAAAACAAGCAAAGUGUGGCAGACAUUGUCUUAAUAAGCACACAGUGACAGAUUAGCUGUGGUUUUAGACAUGCAUUUUUCUUUCUGUUGCUGUAAAAACUUAACGAGUGCUGAAACUAAAUGGUAAUUCCAAAAUAAAUACAAUCUAUAAAUGAAAAUAACUUAGUCAAAAGCACAGAGGUGACUUUAUUGUUUCUUGACAGUGCUUAUUUAUAAAGAUGACAAACUUUUGGGACAAUCUGUCAUCAGCUAUAAUCACCCCACUGCUGCUCGUAAAGAUCCAGUCAAUUCAUAGCACUGUCAGCAACAAUAGAAGCACCACGUAUCCUCACCCAUGAACCUGAAAACACAGCGUGUGUUCAAAUCAGCCUGAACUGAACCCAGCUGUAGAACUUCAGAGAUCAGGAGACCGCAAUCACUUUUAUCUGAUGGUUCUACUUGAAAAAUGUGCUCUUAUAUGACUUUGUGUUGCACAAAUUUACUCACUGUGUAUUACCUCAUAUAGCUCUUUGUGGUGUGAUGGAGCAUUUAAGGGAAACGGGAAAGGAACAUACUUUUUUGACAUUUAGAUCAUCUGCAUUUAUUCAGUUGGGAGGAUGUUUGUUUGCCUGAUAUGUUGUUGAAUUGUACUGAACGCUCUGUUUUUAAAAAUAAAGCUCCUCUAACAAGUA